CCCGCCCCUCUCAUCCAGCUCCAGGGGAGGAAGGAGGAACUGGCCGAGCCGCGUGUGUGUCACUUCCAAGCCGCGCUGUUAUGUGACUCCGUGGAUGGAUUUAGCUGCUUUCGCGGUGCUUUGGAAGUCUGGUUAGAGAGUUCCGGGUUACGGCCGGGGCAUUAGGGGGGCGCGGGGCUCGUGGUUUGGGAAGCGGAGCGUGGAGAGGGGGGGCUUUUCUUUCCCGUGUGAUACCAGAUAGCUCGCUUCUCUCACUGUGCCACGACGGGACUGACGUAGAAUAUGGCGGAGCAUCACCCGGUUUCCGACAACAAACACAAAUCCGCGCUGAACUCCGGGGCGUCGUACUCGGGGAACGGACGGAGCAGCGCGGCGGUGGUGGAGAGAGGCGGCGGCGGGGGAGGCGGAGGUCUGUCCGGCGGCCUGUCGCAGCCGGCCGGGUGGCAGUCCCUGCUGUCUUUCACCAUCCUCUUCCUGGCCUGGCUGGCCGGCUUCAGCUCCAGGCUCUUCGCUGUCAUCCGCUUCGAGAGUAUCAUUCACGAGUUUGACCCCUGGUUCAACUACAGGUCCACUCACCACCUCACCACCAAUGGCUUCUACGAGUUCCUCAACUGGUUCGACGAGCGCGCCUGGUACCCGCUGGGCAGGAUAGUGGGGGGCACGGUGUACCCGGGCCUCAUGGUGACGGCGGGCCUCAUCCACUACGUGCUCAACCUGCUGCACGUCACCGUCCACAUCCGGGACGUGUGCGUCUUCCUGGCGCCGGUGUUCAGCGGCCUGACGUCCAUCUCCACCUUCCUGCUGACGCGGGAGCUGUGGAACCAGGGGGCGGGGCUUCUGGCCGCCUGCUUCAUCGCCAUCGUGCCGGGCUACAUCUCCCGCUCGGUGGCCGGCUCCUUCGACAACGAGGGCAUCGCCAUCUUCGCCCUGCAGUUCACCUACUACCUCUGGGUGAAGUCGGUGAAGACCGGAUCCGUCUUCUGGGCCAUCGGAUGCUGCCUCUCCUACUUCUACAUGGUUUCUGCUUGGGGGGGCUACGUGUUCAUCAUCAACCUCAUCCCUCUGCACGUGUUCGUACUGCUGCUCAUGCAGCGCUUCAGCCGGAGGGUCUACAUAGCCUACAGCACCUUCUACAUUAUCGGCCUGGUCCUGUCCAUGCAGAUUCCCUUCGUGGGCUUCCAGCCAAUCAGGACGAGCGAGCACAUGGCGGCAGCAGGUGUGUUCGUGCUGCUGCAGGUCUACGCCUUCCUGCAGUACCUGAAGGACCGGCUGACCCGGCAGGAGUUCCAGACCCUGUUCUUCCUGGGCGUGUCUCUGGCGGCCGGGGUGGUCUUCCUCUCCGUCAUCUACCUGACGUACACAGGCUACAUCGCUCCGUGGAGCGGACGCUUCUACUCGCUGUGGGACACGGGCUACGCCAAGAUCCACAUCCCCAUCAUCGCCUCGGUGUCCGAGCACCAGCCCACCACCUGGGUGUCCUUCUUCUUCGACCUUCACAUCCUGGUCUGCACCUUCCCAGCAGGCCUCUGGUUCUGCAUCAAGAACAUCAACGACGAGCGGGUCUUCGUGGCCCUGUACGCCAUCAGCGCAGUGUACUUCGCGGGCGUCAUGGUGCGCCUGAUGCUGACGCUGACGCCGGUGGUGUGCAUGCUGUCCGCCGUGGCCUUCUCCAGCGUCUUCGAGCACUACCUGGGCGACGACCUGAAGAGGCAGAGCCCGCCCGCCGAGGACAGCAGCGACGAGGACGACAGGAAGAACGCCGGCAACCUCUACGACAAGGCCGGGAAGGUCAGGAAACACGUGUCGGAGCAGGAGAAGGCCGAGGAGGGCCUGGGCCCCAACAUCAAGUCCAUCGUCACCAUGCUGAUGCUCAUGCUGCUCAUGAUGUUCGCCGUGCACUGCACCUGGGUCACCAGCAACGCCUACUCCAGCCCCAGCGUGGUGCUGGCCUCCUACAACCACGACGGCUCCAGGAACAUCCUGGAUGACUUCCGGGAGGCGUACUACUGGCUGAGGCAGAACACGGACGAGCACGCCCGCGUCAUGUCGUGGUGGGACUACGGCUACCAGAUCGCCGGGAUGGCCAACCGGACCACGCUGGUGGACAACAACACCUGGAACAACAGCCACAUCGCGCUGGUGGGCAAAGCCAUGUCGUCCAAUGAGACGGCGGCGUACGAGAUCAUGCGGUCUCUGGACGUGGACUACGUCCUCAUCAUCUUCGGGGGGGUCAUCGGCUACUCCGGGGACGACAUCAACAAGUUCCUGUGGAUGGUGCGCAUCGCGGAGGGCGAGCACCCCAGGGACAUCAGGGAAAGCGACUACUUCACCCCGCAGGGAGAGUUCCGGGUGGACAAGGCCGGAUCCCCCACCCUGCUCAACUGCCUUAUGUACAAGAUGUCUUACUACCGCUUCGGAGAGAUGCAGCUGGACUUCCGGACGCCGCCCGGCUUCGACCGGACGCGGAAUGCGGAGAUCGGGAACAAGGACAUCCGGCUGAAGCACCUGGAGGAGGCGUUCACCUCGGAGCACUGGCUGGUCCGCAUCUACAAGGUCAAGAAGCUGGACAACCGGGACCGGCUGGAGCACAGGCUGCGCAGCACCGACGCCGCCAGGCAGAAGUACACCUCCAAAAAGACCGCCAAGAGGAAGCGCGGAUACGUCAAGAACAAGCUGUCACUGAAAAAAGGCAAGAAACUGACCAAGAAAUCUUUAUAGGAAGACCCCCCCACAAACACCGAGACCCCCCUCCCCUCCCCCACCCCCCCUCCCCCGGUGAGGGGAGACUGUGGACUGGAGGGAGCUUCAAACCUUACACAAUGAAAUCCACCAAUCAGAGAUGAAUGAAGAACAGCGGAGGGUCUGUGGACCCGCCGGGUCCUCGGCCCCCCCUCACCCCUCAGAGCCCACCGGGGAGGGGGGGUCCGGGAGGCUCUGCUACCAUGGCGGGUUGGAACCCGAGGAACUGUGACUUUGACCUGCUUUUCUUUUGUACUUGAAGGUGUUUUGUUUUUUUGUUUUUUUUUCUUCUUGGGGGCGGGGUCUUUUCAUUGGGGGGGUUCAGGUUUAGGUCCACACAGGAAACAGCCACUCAGACCCGACUCUCCUCCUCCUCCUCCUACGUCCUGCUUCCCCCCGCUGCCCCCAUGCUUCGCUCACACUGGGGGCUUCAUGUCCCACGAUGCACCGGUUUCCAUGGUUACCAGCGGCAACAACACGGCCGUCGCAGCGUCUCGGAAAAAGGCUCAGAUCUGGGGUUUUGUGAGAUUUUCAGAAUAAAGACGAGAUUUAGUGAAUAACAGAACUACGUUCUAAAUCCUCCUCCUUUUUUUUAAACAUUGAAGCAGAAUUCCUGUUUUUUUUCUCAAUUUUUAUAAAUUGUACGUUUACAUCAUCUUGACCUCUUUCUCAGCGUUUUGGUUUUAUCGUUGGUUCUUUGAGUGUUUUUAGGGCUUUAUUCACGAUACUUUGUCUUUAAUCUCAAAGUGUGACCUGUGAUCAUCCAGCUGGACGAGCUAGCUAAUGCUAACAGAGCGCUAGCGCCAGUGGGAGUGUAAUACCGCACCUGUCCACAGGGGGGCAGCUGAGCGGGAGAGAACUCACUGCACCACCUGCUGGCUUGGAGCGGGAUUGCAGUCAGUGAAUGUAGCCGGAAUGAUGACACUGAUCCCUCCCAACACACACACACACACACACACACACACACACACAGCGUCCGCCUCGCUCAGCCCCGCUUCUCUAAUCUCCAGGCCAAACGUUGGCUCCGCCUCUUUCUUUUUCCUGUGUGGAGACGUGAGAACCGCCGAUCUGACGGGCGGAGCGUCGGCGUCGGCCUUAAACAGAGAACCGUUUCCAGCUGUAUUUAUUUGACGUGAUGCAGGAUUUUAUGGGGUUGGGUUUUUUUUCUUUCGGUUUUGUUUUCCAAGUCAAAGGUUCUUCCAUCAAUUGUAAUGAUCUGGAUGCAGGUGUGAGGAUAAAACUUGCCUUUUUGAAUAAAGAGGUUGAGAUAAA